AUGGCUGCCGCUUACUGUCGUCGUUGUUGUUUUUUUAAGCUUUUGUGCUUUGUUACCUUGUUCGUUCAGUAUCUUGACAAGCACAAUUCAAUCUGUUCGCCUCCAUCUACCUUUAAAGGCCCUUUUAGCGUCAGUCGAAAGCUAUUUUCUGCUUCUCGCUGCGGUCAAGACCUUGCUGUUGCAAGACGCUCAACUAAGUUACCGAUCACCAAAUGGUCAAAGCAUGGUUCGACGGUUGCUGCUCUGUCUGAAAGAGGUUUCAUCAAGGACCUAUCUAUUGCAGUGGAUGUUGAAAUUAACCCGGGUCCGGAAAAUUUUAACUACAUGCCGACUGCUUCACUUCAAACUUCAAGACCUAGAUUUUCUUUCAGUCGACGUAAUUUAUUUCAACUUCGCUCCUGUUGUCCUAAGGUUAAACUGGAUUAUUAUCUUAUUCAUCGCUUAAAGUCAUUGGGAAUUUAUAGAGCUAGAGGUCGUAGAGCUGGUGUUAAUUCUAGAUUUGGAUCUCGUCAACAACAUCACAAGAUUCCAGUUCGUGUCACUGACCACUGUUUUUUAUCAACGACCAAACGCGCACGACUUCGACCCAAGGAUACAAAUUUGCAUUUCAUUUCUACUCACUCUUCUUCUUUACCCCGAAUAAUCCCCAAAUGUAUGGUCAUUAAUGCAAGAUCACUUGUGAAAGUUGAUGCUGCUUCUGCUUUGCAUAUGGAAUUGCACUCAAACAACUGCGAUAUUUGCAUCAUCUCCGAGACAUGGCUUAAACCAAAUUUUCCAUCUCAUCUCGUUUGUCCGAAGGAUUACUCAAUUUUGCGAAAGGAUAGAACUGACCGGUCAGGCGGUGGUGUUGCUAUUGUCUGUAGGAGCGAUUGGUUGUUGGAACGAUUAGACAGCGUUUUUUAUAAUGCCUUUGAAUGUUUGUGGGCUAAAAUUACAACUCCCAACUCAAGCUUUUAUGUGGCUGCUGUUUAUCAUCCUCCAGAUCCGCCAUAUUGUCCUGAUGAUUUAUUGGAACAUCUAACAAAUAGUUGUGAUCAUUUAUUGACUGGUAAUCCUAACAGCAACCUUAUAAUUUGUGGUGACCUCAAUCAGCUAGAUUACAAUGAUUUUCUUACACAACUAAAUUUAUUCCAGAUGGUAAAUACACCGACAAGAAAGAACAAAAUUUUGGAUGUUUUGAUUACUAACGUCCCACAUUUUUGGAGGAAAGUAUCGGUCACUCAAGGACUAGUUCGAUCUGACCACUCUGUGGUCCUGGUAUAUCCCAGAAUCCCACUUAAGGCUGAAAGGAAAACUGUGAUGUUCAGAGAUGUUCGUGAUCAUCAUAAACUGGAUAUGGAUAAACUGUUGAAGUUUCAUAACUGGGACAAUGUUUAUCAAUGCGGAGAUGUGAAUGGAAAACUUAAUCUUUUUUGUACCAAGAUUAAGACCAUGUUUGAUGAGUGUUUUCCGGGUAUAUCAGUACGUGUGUCUAAUAGGGACCCCCUGUUCUUUUCUCCUCUAAUCAAACAUCUACUGGACCAACGGCGAAAAUUGAUUCGGCGAAGUAACAUGUCAGGAAAUUCUGUUUCGAUUGAGAUCCAAACUCUUCAAGAGAAAAUCAACAAGUUGAUCAGAGAUAAUCAAGUUCGAGCAGUUAAAGGGAAUUUUGAGAAACAUAGUGCAGGAUCCAAAUCUUGGUGGUCAACAGUCAAUUCCCUGACAGGAAGGAAGUCUACCAACUCGCAAGUAAGCUCAAUUAUCUCCCCGAGCGAGAUCAAUAAUUUUUUCUGUUCCAUUAACACUGAUCCCCUUUAUAAACCCAUUGACACUGUCACUAUCCCGGAAUCAAGCGAGAUGCCUGUUUUAACGGUCUCCAGUGUUACCAGGAGUCUACUGAAAUUAAAAAGAACUGCCUCUGGUCCAGAUGGAAUCCCGUACUGGUUUUGGAAAGAGUUUGCGUACGACCUCGCUCCUGUUGUUACCCAUAUUUUCAACUGUUCUUUGGAAAAUCACAUUGUGCCUGAUCUUUGGAAAUUGGCCGACAUAACUCCCUUGCCUAAAGAGCCCAACUUUAAAAAUUGCACACAGUUGCGGCCUAUUUCGCUGACUAAUGUAAUAAUGAGGGUUUUUGAACGUCUUGUAUACAGACAAGAAUUAUCUCAAUAUAUGAAGAACUUCAUUAGACAUAGUUUGACUAAGAAAUGA